UCCUCUCAAAAAAGAUGGAAAAUCCGAUCGCCUCCUGCGCCGACCUCGAGACAUCGACCGAUCGAUCCAUGGCCUUGUCCUCACCCGCCCUACCGGGCACGGAUUCUGUUGCUCCCAACUCCGCCUGGAUCCUCCUCGACCAGGAGGCGUACAUCGACGUCGAGGAUCGCGAGAACGCGACCACAGCUGAGGUCCGGACGAGCUCGGGGCAAUCCGUCAAGGUGUCCUUCUUCGCCGCCGAACCGCCGCGCCUCUCCCACUUCUGCGUCCACUGCCCCGGCCUGACGACGACAUUCGACUUCCUCGGGUGGCCGUGCAUCCUCCACUCGGUCGACAACCUCGCCCUCAUCCGCGUCGCCUUCGCCUUCAAUACCGAGUACUUCUUCUACCGGGCUGGGCGUGGACGGCGGCCGUCGCUGGAACAUCUCCGGGACAUCGGCAGCUAUCUCUCUAAAGUGCCGUUCGUGCCCUCCAUUGGCAUCCUGCCCUGCGGCGCCGGCGACGACUUCGUCCUGGCCGCUCUCGGCUUCACGUUGGUCGCUGGGCAGUGUGAGCUCCAUAUCUUCCGGUCCGAGCGGGGCACAUGGACCAGGAACAUACUGCCCGGAAAACACCGACUUAACAUAGAGAAGGUGAUCGUGCUGGGAGAUGGCAAGCUGGGUUUUGUUGACAUGUGGAAGGAAAUUCUGGUCUGCGACGUGCUCAAGGAGAACCCCACGACCAGUUUCAUUCCGUUGCCGAAGUUGCUUCCCAACAACCAGUCCGACGACCAUAUGUGUUUUGCACGGAUGUUUCGUGAUGUCGUCGCUUGCAUGGACGGUUCCAUCAAGUGCGUCGAGGUGGAGGCUUGUUCGCGAUGUGUCAUCCAUAUAGUACCUAAGGUUUCAAGCAGACGCAUGAUCCAUGAUGAGUUACUUGCUGAUGUAUCAAACACGGAUGUACUCCACGAUUCGGAUUUGAUGCCGGAUUGCGUAGCCGACAUUGAAGUGGAGGACACAGAAGAGGAGGACUAUGAGUAUCUCGGUUGGAGGAUCAUCUCAUGGAGCAGGGCACAUUCUUCCACUUGUUGGCGCAAGGAGUCUCUGUUUCAUGCCGAUGACAUCCGUGUAAACAACCCGAUUCAUAAUGCCAUGUUGGGUGAUCUUGGAGGUAGCGGUGCUCAUUUGAAAUUGAAGGACCUGUUCAUAUCUGUCCCCACCGUUAGCAUGGAUGAUAGCAGCGCUCUCUACCUCAUCUCCAAGGUGGAUCCAACAGACCAAGAGUUAUGCGUGCUGAUGGUUGAUAUGGGGAAGAAGACACUCGAAGAAUUUUCACCAGUUCUCACCCAAAGACCAGAUUUUUUCAAACCAACCUGCAUCCCCUGUGCCUUGUCAAAAUAUCUGAAUACAGAUUCAGAUGGAACUCAGGUUGGUGGGAAGAAUGCUUCCUGGCCGACCUCUUCUACUCUUCAGCCAACCAAGGAAAGCUUCACCGAGUGCAUUACACCCAGCGAUCACUAUCCACGUGCCCAGUACUAUAGUGAUUACCGCCAGCAGCAGCAGGCGCAAGAAGUAGGAUGCCCAUUACCCCCUAUUACCCCCUUUGAGGCCUACUACCGGCAGGAGCAGCCACGGCAAUCACCACCGCUGUCGUGGUCGAGAUCUGCUCUUCAGCCUUUGCAGCCAACUGAGGAAAGCUUUAAUAAGGACUAUGGUGGUUACCAUUACGGUCCCCCUCAUGCCUUCUACCAGCAGGAGCAGCCGCGAGCAGGAGCACUAAUUGAUGUAACUCGCAUUGGUGGAAAAAAUGCUUCCCAGUCGGCCUCUUCUACUCUUCAGCCUUUACCGCUAAGCGAGGGAAGUGACAACAAUAUCGCUGCUGUUUCUGGGUGCAAGAAAAUAUUCAAGGGUGCUAAUUUGUGCAAAGAAGAGAAGAGCCAAGAAGUGAAGCCAAGGAAGUUUAUUCAAUUUGGUUCUAUGCCACCUCAAGAGAUAAUCUAAUUGGUCAGGAUCUCAAUUCAUAUUUUCAUUCACAAUGAUUUGGUAAGCAAGGCAGUUUGACGAUAUUGCUAGCUCGAUUUGCACUGUGGCUGCAUUAUUUUAUAAUCUCAUAGAUGUGAGUCUAAUUAGUAAGUUGAGUCCGUUCUGGUCUGGUUCUGUCAUUUGCAUCCGUCUCAUGCGUCUCAUGAGUCCGUGUUGGAGUCGACGUAGGGCAAGCCUGAGUGCCACAUAUAUGCCCAGGCCAUCAGCCUUUGUAGACAGAUUGGAUGAACUCAGUGAAGGGUGGUUCCCUUUUCCCAUCUAUCAAAUAGUGAUUAGAUUAGUUCUAUCCGGAUUGUGAAGGAACGUGAUUAAAUUAGUUCUCUUUGAGGCCGUGGGUGGAAGGCUUGUUCUAGGGCUUGGUGUUCUGCUCCUUUUUGCAGGCCGGACCUAUCUCCUACUUUGCUUCUGGUUUGCAUCAAUGUCCAGAUUGUAAGCCAAGCUUUGUCUAUUUUGUUUUCCUGUUGCUGCCCUGCCAUGAGAUACUUGAUCUACUUUGGUUUUAGUGUUACUAGAAAUCAAUCUGAUCUUGUGCAUUGUCACGGAAGAAAAUAUUCUUGUUACUUGCAUGCUGCUAUCAUUGCUUACUAAUAGAUCAGUUGGACGAGACCGAAUAAUUGCCAUCCAAUGUUAUAGACUUUCCUAAAACUGAUGCUUUCACAAACAAAGGAUAUUGUGGUGUCUUUUUUUUUUUCAUUUUUGAACCAUGAGAAAGAUACCUUAAUCUUUCCUCUUUCCAAUAACUUUUCUUUUCCAGAAAAUGGAGAAGCGAGAACAAUUUUUUUUUCUUUAAGCCUCAACAACUAAGCCAAUUCCUUUUCUUUGAUCCAUGCAUAUCUGAAACAAAAACAGACCAGAAUAGAUGCACGGGUCAAGACAAAAACUGAAAAACAGAAUGAAACUGCCCAUUACAGUCACGCAACAGGGUAUUACUAUGACAUAGGCCACAUUUCAAGCAAAAAGCAUAAGGACUUGCAUUGACCACCACUUACCCACAUCGCCAUUUGCCAGAGCAACCUGUGGCAUGGCAGUUCAUGACUCCUCCAAAUCGCUGUUUCACAAUUCCAAAAACAUAAUAAUCCAUCCUACCGAAAGGAACACCACGGAACCCUAACAACCGUAAAGAGGCCUCACCUUGUAAGAUUGUCGAGGACAAGGUGCCAGUGUUCUUUUUUAGGUGACGGAAUACAUUAACAUUAACCCCUUGAUUGGUCACUGUUUGCUUUGCUUGGUCACCACACAAUCAAAUACAGGUUUUCCUUGUACGCCUAUGAUCUGGUUUUAUUCCUCUCUCUAAUUGAGCAGGAUCUAUGCUUGAUCAAGGCAAUUUCCUUGCUUGCUUCCAAGGAGCGUUAGGACUGAGCAAUAAUUUAAGCAACCUGAUUAGAUGUUCCGAGGAGGAGUUACUCUAGUGCAACAAUUCUUCCCUUGCAACAUUGUUGGCUUCCCCUUUACACUACCUCCAAUGACAGAAGAAAAUAUCUGGAAAAUGUACAGAAUCUACAAGAGAAGAGAAAAUUUCCACGCUAUUGAUGUGUUUCCAUCUACAACAGAAAGAAUCAAUAAAAAAAAGUACUGGAGGUAUUGCUUCGGGUCAACAGCCGAUAUGGAGUUGGGAUCAUACUGCAUGGAUUUGUAAGCGUGCUCGAGCUUCUUACUAAUAUCAUAGUCUUGUAGGAUGUCAAUGAUUCCAAAGAACAAGAUGACAUCCUGGAAUUCACCUGUGGGCUCACCAAUGAGCAAAGAAUCACUAUCAGGAUUCCUCACUACGUUCUCCACCCUUGAGGGCAUGCAAAUUCCUAGUUUUAAUGAAUUCUUGAAACCAACAUCCUCCUAGCCGGAAAAUGAAAUUAAGAUCAAGAUCCUUCAAGGUGGUAUGCUCGCUAAUUUGAUCAAUGGGUUUAUCUGUCAUGCGACCAUGUGAAGAUCCUUUCAAAUCGAAGCGCCUGUGGAUUGCAUAGUUGGAGCAGAAAAGAUUCCCCAUUAUAACAAAGCGAACCUGUGUUUCAUGAUUACAAAUGUUGAGCAACUCUUGCACAUCAAUUUACUUUUGAGAAUCUGAU